AUGGGAAUUUGUUUCUCAUCACAGGAUAAGAGAAAGAAGAAGAGUGCUGCUUUUAUAUCAAAAACAAAGAAGAUUAAGAGUGAGGGCGCUGAAUCCUCUAAACCUAGGGGAGUCACAAGAAGCUCUUAUGGAAGUUCUAGUUCUCUGAAAAGCAGUAAUAUGUUGAUCAUGACAUCUGCUAUGUCUGCUGCUUCUGGUGGAAAUCAAAGUGGUGGAUGUGGAGGUGGUGGUGGGGGAGGAGGAGGAUGUGGAGGUGGAGGUGGUGGUGGGGGAGGAGGAUGUGGAGGUGGAGGUGGUGGUGGGGGAGGAUGUGGAGGUGGUGGCGGUGGUGGCGGUGGAUGUUGA